GUAGCAUUUUACUGUUAAUCAAGGUAUAAUAAUAUAAAAAUGUUAUGUGCAACAAUGCAUCAUGUUUUAUAUGUAAAAUCUUAAUCUUUAAAGUUACUUGUUACAAAGUGAAAAAAAAGUCAAACUCAUUUCACUCUGAAAUGUAGAAGUAAAAAUAAAGUGUAACUCGUGUAAAGUCCCUUUAAAAUCUUCAAGUGCGGUACGUAUUUGAGCAAAUGUAAUUAUUUCAAAAACGAGUUAAUGUUUGGCACAAGUUGCAAUUUUAAUCCAAAUUCCUCACUCGAAAAAUCUGAUGAAGAUUCCAGAUUCGGAUGAAGAGGAAUCACAGGUCCUGCGUCACGCCGUGGUCGGGAUACUCUCCUCCUGGUUUUUGUUGCAUCAUAUUUAAUAACUGUAAUCUCCGUCUCACAGGUCCUCGUGGGGAUGGACCUGGCAUCGGAGAGCAAAAUGAGCUCUGAGGGGGGCGAAGGCCGACCAGUCCCGCCUACUUCUCUCCCCUUGCAAGGAGGUCCCAGCCAAAGGAAGAAGCUCUCGGCCCCUCGGAUCAGCCUGUCCCUGGACCAGAGCGAGGACGACCUGGGGGAGACGCCCGAUGACCUGGACAUUAACGUCGAUGACCUGGACACUGAUGACGAGGGGGACUACACGGACCACGAGAUGGACUGGGAAGACCCACAUGCAUGUCCAAGAGGAGCGCGACGAGAGUCUUACAACCCGAUCCCGACGUACAGCGCGGAGGAGGAGCGCCAGGACGGCCGGCUCUGGAGGUCGGUGGUCAUCGGGGAGCAGGAGCACCGCAUCAACAUGAAGGUCAUCGAGUCCUACAUGAGGGUCAUCUCCCAUGGAGGCUACUAUAGCAACGGAGUGAACGCCAUCAUCGUGUUUGCUGCCUGUUUCCUGCCAGACAGCGACAAAGAGGACUACCACGAAAUAAUGGAGAACCUCUUCCUCUAUGUGAUCAGUACUCUGGAGCUGAUGGUGGCGGAGGACUACAUGAUCGUGUACCUGAACGGAGCCACACCCCACAGAAGAAUGCCCGGCCUCGGUUGGCUGAAGAAAUGCUAUCAGAUGAUUGACAGGAGGCUCAGGAAGAAUCUGAAGUCCUUCAUCAUUCUCCAUCCUUCGUGGUUCAUCAGGACGGUUCUCGUGGUGACCAGACCCUUCAUCAGCACCAAGUUCAGCAGUAAGAUUAAGUUUGUGAACAGUUUGGACGAACUGCACCAAUCCAUCCCCAUGGACUGCAUCCAGAUCCCAGAGUGCAUCAUUAGACUUGACAAGGAGAUGAAGGAAGCAGCCGAGAACUCAAAGAGGAAUAGCUUUCUGCUGGGACUGGAUCCAACAGCAGCAGGCAGGGCAGAACCAGAUGCAGCCGGCAGCUCUUAGACACGAGCACACGACAUGGUUAGGUUGUCUCAAUGUUCUGCAGUCACUGUUGUAUUAUACGGGUGAAGCUGGAAAACAAAGUCAAAAGGCGUGUAAAGCUAGUGUGUGUGUGUGCGUGAGAAUUAGACACUAGAGUUUCAUAUGAAGUCGAAACUUGCAAUAGUUCCAGUUAAAAGUCAAGAGUUUGAUCUCAUCCUUUACGGCUGCUGUAGCUUCGACUACCUUAAACUAUACGUGCUUGGCAGCACCUCCAGAGUAGCAUUGCUGUUCCCGGUAGGGAGGAGGAAAAGCAAUUACACACCAGACGUACACUGCACAAAUCCAUUUGUAGAGUCUAUAGUGUCGUCGUUGUGUGCAUGAGAAGCAGUGAAGCAAUAAUUUCACUCGUUGCUGGUCACACACUCAAUAUUUCAGAUAAAGAGGCAACUUGCGUGUCAGCAAUUUACAGUAAAAGCACAUCGUGUGCACAAAAAAAAGAGCCUUGUGCCAUCGAAAAAACCAAGUGCCAAUGCCAUAGAUGACCAACUGCUGCAGUUCAGCAAUCCACUCCUUAACUCUUGUUUUAAAACUGCGGGGAACAAAUCUAUAAAAAAAGCUAUUUGAACGUCGUAGAGGAAUACGUUAAAUAUGAAACCAAGUUCUCAGCGUGCUGUCAGAGCAUAUCUGAUGAGCUCUGCAAGCGUGUGUGUGUGUGUGUGUGUGUGUUAAAUGACUCUCAGAUACAUAGACGUCAUCUCUUCAGCUUCUCUCGGAGCAUUAAGAAUAAACCUCAGUAAAUUUAAGAUGGGAUUUCUGUAAAGCACAAUAUCUUGAGUGUCCACACGCAUGUGUGUGUGUGUGUGUGUGUGUCCCCUCAUUGAUGUCCUCCUACCGAUGAGUCUUCAGUGGUGUAUUGAGGAUGUGCAAAUAAAUUAUGGAUCGCUGUUUAGUAAUUUAAAUAAAUGGACUGAAAUCUAAACGAC